CCUCCCUUCCAGCGGCGCAUGCGCAGUGAGCGGCAGUGCGCGAGCGCCAUCCCCUCACGACGCCCCUCAGUCAACACCAUGUUGGGCGGCGGAGACGACGGAGGGGGAAGCGGCGAGGGGGCGGCGGAGGCGCCCGAGGAAGAGGAGGAAGGGAAAGGCAGCCCGGAGGAUGAGGAUGAGGAGGAAGAAGAGGCGGAGGACGAUGACGGCGACACCCGGCAGCGCUACGAGGAGCUCUGCUGCAGCCUCAACAUGGACGAGAGGGCCCGGGCCGAGGCCUGGCUCAGCUUCCAGGGCAUGAGGAGGAACUACACUCUCGAGGGAAAUGACCUCCAUUGGCUAGCAUGUGCCUUAUAUGUGGCUUGCCGAAAAGCUGUCCCAACAGUUAGCAGAGGAACUGUUGAAGGGAACUAUGUAUCUUUAAUAAGGAUACUGCGCUGCUCAGGACAAAGUUUGAUAGACUUUUUUAACAAGAUGAAGAAGUGGGAAGAUAUGGCAAACCUACCCUCCCAGUUCAGAGAACGUACCACAAGAUUAGAAAGGAACUUUACCGUUUCUGCUGUAAUUUUUAAGAAGUAUGAACCCAUUUUUCAGGAUAUUUUCAAGCACCCUCAAGACGACCCUCCCCGCCAGCAGAGAGGAAGGAAACAAAGGAGGCAGCCUUGCACAGUCUCCGAAGUUUUCCAGUUUUGCUGGGUGCUGUUUGUUUAUGCAAAAGGUAAUUUCCCCAUGAUCAGCGAUGACUUGGUCAAUUCCUACCAUCUCUUGCUGUGUGUCCUGGAUUUAGUCUAUGGAAAUUCCCUGCAGUGCCCAAAUCAUAAGGACCUUCUGAAUCCUACUUUCAAAGGGCUGCCCGAGGAUUUUCAGAGCAAGGAUUUUAAGCUGUUGUCUGAACCACCCUGCAUCAUAGAAAAGCUUUGCUCCUUACAUGAUGGUUUGCUCUUGGAGGCAAAGGGGAUCAAAGAGCAUUUCUGGAAGCCUUAUGUCAAAAGACUUUUUGAGAAAAAGAUUCUAAAAGGAAAAGAAGAAAACCUGUCUGGUUUUCUGGAUCCUGGAAAUUUUGGAGAAAGUUUAAAGAACAUCAAUAAGGCCUACGAGGAGUACAUUCUGUCUGUUGGAAACCUAGACGAGCGGAUAUUUCUUGGGGAGGAUGCAGAUGAGGAAAUAGGAACCCUGCGGAGGUGUUUGAACACAACCUCCGGAGUGGAAACAGCCGAAAGGGUUCAGGUGAAACACAACCUGCAGGAGCAUUUUGAACGAGCAAAAUCUUUCAGAAUAUCUACGCCUCUUACUGGACGGAAGUACAUAAAAGAGAGGGAAGCUUGUGUGAGCCCCAUUUCUAUAGCCACCUACAACUUGACCCGGCUUCAUACGAUGCUGACUGGUUUGAAGAAUGCGCCCAGUGAAACCCUGGAGCAAAUUUUCAGAUCAUGCUCCAAGGACCCUACUCUGUCCAUUUCCAAGAGAGUGAAAGAAAUGUAUGAAAUUUAUUGUCAGAAGACCCAGUCCCAAGGAGAUCCUGAUAGUUUUUCCAAAGAUAUUGUUGGGAAACACUUUCAUCUUGCUGAAGUACUUUACUACAAAGUAUUGGAAUCUGUCAUUGAGCAAGAAAAGAAGAGACUAGGGGAUGUUGACUUGUCUGCGAUCCUGGAACAUGACGUGUUUCACCGGUCUCUCAUGGCCUGUUGCCUUGAGAUCAUCAUUUACUCUUAUAAGGCGGCUGAUAGUUUCCCCUUCAUCACUGACAUAUUUGAUGUCCCUGCCUUUCACUUUUAUAAGGUGAUAGAAAUUCUUAUCAGAGCUGAAGAUGGCCUUUGCCGAGAAGUAGUGAAACACCUCAAUCACAUCGAGGAGCAAAUUCUAGAGAGUUUGGCAUGGAAAGAGGAGUCUCCGCUGUGGGACAAAAUCAGAGAAAAUGAUAAUAAAGUUCCCACCUGCGAGGAGGUAAUGCCGUGUCAGUAUUUUGAGAGGUCCAAUGGAAACAGCAUGGCAGGCUCCCCGUUAACCCCACGGAGGCUGAAUGAAGUUCGGGCUGAAUCUGGCGCAUUAGGAAAGGGCGUCCCAUCUUCUCCAACCACCCUCUAUGAGAGAUACGGCUCUCCAACAAGUAACCCGACCAGGAGAAGGCUCUUUGUAGACAACGACACUCCCACGGAGGGCAGUCGGACUCCCAUCAGGGUCUCCCAGCAGCCGGUGAUCAGCGCGAUGCCAGUCCAGACGGUCUCCCCAGAGUCCAUACCUGUCACUCCUGUGCCUGGGCAAACCUUGGUGACAGUCGCCACGGCAACCGUCACUGCAAAUAACGGGCAGACGGUUACGAUACCAGUGCAGGGGAUCGCCAAUGAAAAUGGAGGGAUUACGUUCAUCCCAGUCCAGGUGAACGUGAGCGGUCAGGCACAGUCGCUUCCCAGCUCCAUCCCUCCUCUCAGCGCCCAGACACUUGCCGGGACCCUGAGCCCUCAACAGAUGACCAGCACAUCCCUGCACUUACAAGGCCAGUUCCAGCAGAUUCCUGUUCCUGGAGAACAGCGGCAGAAACAGCAAGGCAUCAAAUCCCGAAAAACCGGCUCACUCAUGCUCUUCUUUAGAAAGGUGUUCCACUUAGCGAGCGUCCGGCUGCGAGACCUUUGUCUCAAGCUAGAUAUUUCUGACGAGCUGAGAAAGAAAAUCUGGACCUGUUUUGAGUUCUCAUUUGUACAGUGUUCCGACCUCAUGAUGGACCGGCAUUUAGACCAGCUCUUGAUGUGUGCCAUAUACAUAAUAUCGAAGGUUACAAAAGAAGACACGUCAUUUCAGAAUAUCAUGCGUUUCUAUCGGACCCAGCCCCAAGCUAAGAGCCAUGUAUAUCGCAGCGUCUUGAUAAAAGGCAGAAGACGAAGGAAUUCAGGCAAUGCUGAAAGCAACAACCAGCAAAAUUCCCCCACGGAGAAAAAUAAGGAUAGAACAAGCAGAGAUUCCAGCCCCGUGAUGAUGCGAUCCAGCAGCACCCUCCCAGUGCCGCAGCCCAGCAGUGCUCCCCCGACCCCGACACGCCUCAUUGGGGCCAAAAGCGAGGAGGAGGAAGAGGAAGAGCGCGGGGACCUGAUCAGGUUCUACAACAACGUCUACACCGACCGAAUCAAAGACUUUGCCCUGAAGUACUCCUCAAGCAACGCAGGUGAAGUUCCUCCCUUGUCUCCUUAUCCUUUUGUCAGAAGCGGAUCCCCACGCAGGAUACAACUGUCGCAGAACCACAAAGUCUACAUCUCGCCUCACAAAAACGAGUCGGCGCUGUCUCCGCGGGAGAAAAUAUUCUACUAUUUCAGCAGCAGCCCCUCAAAGAGGCUUCAAGAGAUUAAUAGUAUGAUUAGAACGGGAGAAACUUCGCCGAAGAAGAGAGGGAUUGUUCUUGAAGAAGGGGCCGACGAGUCGCCGGCCAAGCGGAUGUGCCCCGAAAACCACACAGCCCUCCUGCGACGACUGCAAGAUGUGGCCAACGACAGAGGCUCCCACUGACCUUGUGGACAAGGCGUGGGCAAACUUCGGCCCUCCGGGUGUUUUGGACUUCAACUCCCACAAUUCCUA